GUAGACGUUUAGAACUUGUCGUGUUGGCAGAGGCGACAGCUUUUUGGUCUGCCGUUGGCCAACGAACCCCCAUCGAAUCCUAUAUAAAUGCCCGCUGGAAAGCGUAUUGCUAUCAAGUCGACUAUAGACGACACAAAUCAGACGCUCUCCUGAUCAUGAAGUUAGAAGUUUGCUUAAGCGUGUGUAUAUUUCUGUUGGCAUCACUUAUGUCGGUGGAUGCCAAAAAAAGAAGCACAAAGAAAGUGAAGCCAUGGGAAGACCCAGACCGAGAUCGAACCAACGAUUUACUUGUCACUAAAAUAGUGUACUUUGACAUUGAGAUUGAUGAUGAUCCAGUCGGAAGAUUCGAGGUUGGACUUUUUGGCGAGACAUGUCCCGUCACAGUACAGAACUUUGCUGCUCUAGCAAGAGGAGGCUGGAGAAAUGAUAAGAAUAUGAGCUACAAAAACACAAUAAUUCAUCGCGUGGUGCCUGACUUUGUAAUCCAAAUGGGUGACAUCACAAGUGGAGACGGCACAGGAGGAAGGAGUAUUUACGGAGAAUAUUUCGCUGACGAGAACUUUAACUUGAGGCAUUGGGGUCCAGGAUGGGUGUCGAUGGCAAAUGCUGGUCCAGAUACGAACAACUCACAGUUCUUCAUCUUGCUAAACAGCGCAAAAUGGCUUGAUGGUAAACACGUUGUUUUCGGAAAAGUAAUUAAAGGAAUGGAGGUAAUCGAUCAAAUCACCGAAGAGGAAACUAACGAGUACGCUUAUCCAGAGAGAAUCAUCCGAGUUGUUGAUAGCGGUGUCAUCCCCGUAAAAGAGCCAUACCACCUCCCUCACCCAGAAGGUCUAGACUUAAAUAAUGGUACAGCUACCAGCACCACAGAUAAACCAUAAACCUUUAAAGGGACUAUCACUCGUGAGAAAUAUUAUAAUCGUUUUCUUUUAUUUUGAAUGGGUCCGACGUUCAUUCACAAACACUUCACUAACAUUCCAUUGUGGUAUAGGCCUAGGUACUGUAUAAUGUGCUUUUGUUCAUUAUUGCAGUUUUUCCUUAUUUACUUUGAUCAUAAUCUAUCUUUAUGAAUACCAAUAUGAUAAGUUUACUUGGCUGAUUCAUCGGUACUUCAAACCGAUUGCUUAAUACUAAAACGCGCUAAACACGGCUUUAACUUCAAACGUCCUUCUAUUCUACAUAUUUGCUAAUUGUUCAUCUUCUGACAGGCAUAAUACUUUAAUGACUUAUAAACAAGUUUAAACGUCCUUCUAUUCUACACAUUUGCUAAUUGUUCAUCUUCUGACAUUCGUAAUACUUUAAUGACUUAUAAACAAGUUUAAACGUCCUUCUAUUCUACACAUUUGCUAAUUGUUCAUCUUCUGACAUUCAUAAUACUUUAAUGACUUAUAAACAAGUUUAAACUCAAAUGCCCCUGAUUUACAUGGUGCUUCAUUCUUUAUAGCCUAAUAUAAAGAGUAAAAACUUUAAAAAAUAAAGACACGUUUGAAUUGAAUUGCUGAACCGUAGUUUUUUUUUAUUGCCAAUAGGCCUAGAUCAUGUUAGUAAAUUAAUUAAUUGCCAGAUUUUCUCAUAUUAUGUGUGACUUUUUUUUCUUAUAAAAUGUCGAUGGUAUUUUUUAAAAGUUCAUGUAAAUCUUUCAAUAAUUUCCUGAUCUAGUUUUUGAAAUAAAUAUUGUCGACUAAAA